AUGUACUAUGAAAGCCAAAGGUGCCAUGGGCAUUUUCUUCCUCCUACCCUCAUUGUCAUCUGUCAGGCUCUACAAAAAGAGCAUUUUUCUCCUGCAAACGCUGAAGAAAUGUCACAUCCCAACCCAGAGGACCCUGACUACAACUGGGAGCAAUUUGGUGGUGGUGGAUACAUAUCUCCUCCUGCUGCCCAGACUCCCACUCAUUUAUGUGCACACAUCAAACCAACUGUACAUGAUUCUGGCCUUGUCAAAAAUGCUCAGGGUAGGAGAGUGAAACUUGUCACAAAUCUUCUGGAUGAGAGUGGUGAAGUCAAUCCCUCAGCUCAGAAUGUCCAGCCUGAGACAGGACAAUUGCCUACUCCCAUCUUACAGCAAGAGCUCCCAAACAACUCCACACAGGGUAGGCAAGGCUUAUAUGGUGAUGUACCAUGCCGAGCUGUGUUGUGUGAACUGCCACAUGAACCCCAGCAGCAUCCUUCACAUGAAUCCCAGCGAUAUCCUUCAGGCCCAUGUGAACCUCCCCUUCCUCUCAAUGCUCAGCAACCUCAGCCUAACAUUAUCCUUCUGCAACCUCCCCUUGCUACUAUGCAGGGAACACACACACCUGUGGGGUUGAACAGCGGGCAGGAUCUCCAUGCUGCCCCACUUAAUGCUGGACUGAGUGCUGAUGCUCUUGGAGUGCUAGGUCUUCCCCAGGCCAGUCCCAUAGAUGACUUCAGUGCAGGGACUUCCACUACAUUUGAUGGCACACAUUGUCCAUUCACUGCCAAUACUGAAUUCGACUUCUCAUCGCUUGAUGUUCCAUGGGAUCCUACUCCACCUUCUUUUGGUGCUCAACCUGGUAUGCAAGAUGCUUUCCAAAGCCACGAUGACAUGAGAGAAUCUUUAGCUGGUGCACUGGUUGGCCAUAGAACAGAUGAGGUGAAUGUAUUGUUGGGGGAGAAUUUCAAAGCCAUCAAUGGCAUAUUCAAUGAUCUUGUCGCAAAAACUGGCUUACCUUUGCAGCAAGUUUCUCAUGCAUAUCACAAGGCCCAUGGACAAAUUCAUUCUGCAUUCAAUCAUUGGAACACAUAUGGCCACUACUUGAAAGUGGACACCACUGCUGCCAAACAUGGCUUUGAAGCUGUCUUUAUCAUAUGCAGAAAGGUAGUCAAUCAGGACACCUCACUUGGGUAUAUACAUGAAACGCCAGGUGCAGAAAGUUUUUGGCAAACAUGCUGCCAAGCUGACGAAGACAUGAUGAUUGGGCAUUUAAAAGCCCAUGUAUACAACCUCACAUCCCUCACUGUGGUUGAGGACAUAUAUCCUGAUGGCACACUGAGCAUAAACAAGGAUGAGCUGCAACCCAAGUGUAAAUCAGCCAAAGUGUCAGCAGACACUCCAGAUGCCAUGAAAAUUGACCCGGAUGCUCUGGAGGUGUCUGACAGUGGUGAUUGGCAACUCCAGGUCGAUGUUCUUCAAUGCAUCAAGGGUGGCAUAACUGUGCUAUUCAAGGAGCUUGGUGGGAAACUCACUGUCUGCUCAGGCAAUUUCCCUUGGAAGAAGCUCCACAGCAACCUUGACCGUCAAGGGUUCAUUAUGGAAGGCUACCCAGAGGAUAUUCUUAUGCCAGGAGAGACAUGCAGCACCAAUGCAAGGAGUAAGGGGAUCAACAACCUCAACAAACGGGAACAGAUCAUUCUUGCAGAAGCCUUAAAAUCUGGAACACUGGUGAUCAAACAUGGGCCCACAGGACCAUCUCAUCUCCAGCCAAGUGCAGUGACAACCAAAGUCAGGAAGCCAAAUGGCAGUGUGCCCAUUGCUCCCCCCAUAGUUGUCAAGGAUGAUUCUCCCACUUCCACCAUAGUUCGUCAGAAAAACCUUGUCAUUUCGGUUGACAUACCUCCUGCAUGCCCCUUUAAGGUAGUCAUGCUGCCAAAAUCACAGGUGACACCAGUUGACAUACCUCCUGCACAUCCAUUUAAGGUAGUUAUGCUGCCAAAAUCAAAGGUGACACCAGCACCUUCUAAUGUCAUCACUCUCAAUGAGUCCAUGAAGGCAUCCUCUGGAUCUGAGGGAGAUAACUCAGAAUAUCAUGACCUUCCACAAGAUGAUGAGUCUGAUUAUGAGGAAGAACUUCUGUCCUGCAAAUAUAAGGCAAGGACCAUUGGCAGCACUCACAGACUUAAGCACCAUGUGCCGUCCAGUGAUGUUGAGUUGAUUGAGCAGCUGCAGCCCAAGGGAAAGGGAAAAGAGACUGUGUUGCAGAAGGAGAGGGCAAGGGUACGUUAUCAUGAGCUCACCUCUGAUUCUGAAGAGGAAAAGAAGGAAGUACAUUCAAAGCCUGGGCCGAAGCCAAAGAUGGUUAUUCCUGGUUUGGCUGCAGCAGCUAAACAAGUUGCUUUCUAUGAAGGUGGGAUGCUUCAUACGUAUGAAUCAUCAAGAGCAGCAGGACCCUUGGGAGCAGCAGAACCAUCAGGAGCAUCAGACAUGCACGAAUCAUCGAGAGCAGUAAGCACAGGAGUGUUACCAGAGCCAUCUGCCCCCUCAUCUGCCCCCUCGUCUCCAUCGCCUCAAUGUCAGCAACCUCCACACUCAUUGGUUCCACUAUCAUAUGACCAGCACAGCCCUGCCCUCCAAACUGCACCAUAUAAUUACAGUCAUGGCAGGACCCUUCCAGCACCUUCAUAUGGGCAACAUCUUGAUGUGCUGCAAGGUCAGAACUAUCCUGACCCACACCAUGAUCAGAUCACCUACCAAUGGACUGCUCAACCCCUUCUAACCAUGAAUCAGAGUUUGGGUGUCAACACUGCCAGUUACAGCCAUGCCCAGUAUCCUCCUCACGAUGAUGUGUAUACACACCUUGCACCCCAUCAUGCUAAUGCUGCUCACACAGAAGCUUAUAUGACUCGUCCACCUGCUCAUCAACAACAUCUGGAAAACCAUGGUACUCCUGCACUGGUAUUUUCUCAGCAGCAGCAGCAGCAAUAUUCAGAUGUUUAUGGUCAUGUACCUGCUCACGCACCUGCUCAUGCACCUUCUUGCACACCUUCUUGCACACCUUCUCGUGCCCCUACUCCUCAACAGCACAGGGAGACUUAUGACAUCCAUGUGCCAGCUCAUCAACCACCCACCUCUCAACAGCAUACAGGGACAUAUGACACUCAUGUGCCUGCUCCUCAACAAGGACCUGUGGAUGGCAGGGUACCAUAUAACCUGGGAAAACACUGGCAGCCUCACUAUGGGCCACAAACACCAUGCUCUAGUCAGAGGAUGCGCCCUUUACCUGCUCUAAUGGGGUACUCAUCAUCACUACCUCAGUCUGAAAGCAACUAG